GUAUCGUCCAUUCGCCGUCCUUCACUUUCCUCGUCGGACCCAACCACACCAGAUUGACCAUCCAGACUGCGUUGGCCAAACAUGUCUCUAAACCGCUAGAUCUGCUUAUGAACAAUGGGGAGACCCGUGAAUCCAAACACCGUAUCGCUGUCCUGGAGGACGAAGAAGUCGAGGUCUUUGUGGCAUUCUGUGAAUAUGCCUACACCUGCGAUUACAGCGUACCCCUGCCUGGUUCGGACCACCAUGGGGGUGAAAACCCAUGGAAGGGAAUGUUCCGCUCGGAGUCUGUCUCCUCCAUCAUUCCUCCGCCAGUACCUACACCUCCCCCCGGAUCGAUAGGGACUCCCGAGAGAUUUGACCACAAUCCUUUCCCGUCGGGCCAUGAGCCAUUCCCGAGUCAGGGUUCCGGACUUGCUGUCGAGGGAAACGAUGCUCCCACUGAGGGUGAGAGACACCCUCCCGCCGACGAUGGACCAGGAGAAAGCUCUGAGCCAGGCGGCAAGAAGAACAAGAAGGGCAAGAAAGAUAAAAAGAAGCAGCGAGGCCCCGGUGGCGUAUCUUUCGAUGAAUCUGCACUGAAUCUGACACCCCCUUCGACACCGCCGCCCGAGCAAAGCGAGGACUAUGCUAAGCCAGCCGGUGUAGAGACUGCGGCAGCAUCCUCUGCGAUGGGGGAAUGGUGGAAUCAAUCCCAAUCAGCUGGAGGUGAGAUGGUGAGGACAGAUGAGAAGGAAAAAGAGCCCGAGGAGCAGCAACAGCAACAGCAGCAGCAGCAGCAGCCGCCUUUCCCCCCUGAGGCCUUGACUACAUCGUUUGUUCCUCAGAACUUUAACCCCCUUCAUCCCAAGGAAAUCAACAUCUGGGACGAGUUCUCCGGGCUCGAUUAUCCCUUUCAGAAGCCCGUGAAGGACAUCUCUCGACUGGGCUCAGGACCAGGAGUGGACCUCCCAUAUAUCCUUUUUCACGCCAAGCUCUACGUCUUCGCGUCUCGCUACUUGAUUCCGGCAUUAGCCCAGCUGUGUCUCCAAAAGCUUCACAAGGACCUGGCUACACUGUCAUUUUCGGCCUCUGGCAAUGACAACCAGAGCCAGAGCCAAGACUACAACACCAUGAUGACGAUCAAGGCGAAGAUGAUCCUGGACCUCAUGCAUUACACGUACACGAGAACGACUCGCUAUGAGCCAGUGCAUCCAAACUCACCCACCCUCCUGCGGGAAAACGAGCUACGCAAGCUGGUCACACACUAUGCGGCCUGCAAGGUCAGGGAACUUGCAGCUUUCACCCCGAUGCAACUCACCACAUACCCUGCGAUUCCCGGCCUGGACGGCGCGGCCGUGGCGGGCCGAUUCUCGACUGGCGGCGGCCUAAAGGACCUUCUUGAUACCACGACCGAGCUGGCUUCAGACUUGGUCUUCCGAAUGAUAGCAUAAGCCAAAAGCAUCUAGAUAGCAUGGACGGAGCGUCGGAGUAUUCUGGUUGAAAACGUCAAACACUCAUAACGAAUUUCUUUGGUCAACAUUUGCAUCCUUUCUGCCUAUACUAUGAACCGGAUUCUGUGUUAAACUGCCGUGCGUAUGCAUUUAUACGGUCCGCAUAUUCACAAGCUCUUUUCUUUUUGGAAUUUUUGGGUCUCGCUUUCUUGGACAAUGGCUUUCAUGACUCUUGAUGAUAUGGCAUAACAGAAUGGCUGCCAGCCCCUGAUGCAUAUUGGUCCUCUAAUCCUUUUUUUUUUCCAUGUAUUGAUCAUAUCUGAGGUGAAUGCAUACAACUUGCAUCGUCCUAUAAAAUUUUGUCAUUUUCUCACAUGCAGAUUAAGUGUAGACAGAUAAUUCUAGACUGCACAAAAAAGAAACUUGCCGUUACCCACCAGAAACCGAAUUUU